CGGAAAUCGCGAUCGCGUUCAGGCCUAGCGCGCUCAGAAAGAAGCUCAGCACGCUCGCGAUUUUGCCGUGUUGCUUCAUGUGCUGCACGAUCGGGAUCAAGAACGCAGCGGUCUUGCCGGAGCCAGUCGCGGCGAGCCCGAUCACAUCGUGUUGGUGCUAAAACUGAAGGACAUGAUUAA